AUGGACCUCGCCCCGCGACUCGCGGCGAACGGCACCACGACCAAGCCGGAAGAAAACGACGAGUAUGGGGGAGUGGAGGAGGAGGAAGAGGAAGAGGAGGAGGAAGGCGGAGAAGAGGGAGCAGAGGGCGAAGAGGUGGAAGGGGAGGAAGGGAGAGGCGGAAACGCGGGAAAAAGGGGUGCAGCGCCGGUAAUGGUGUGGUCGGGGCGGGUGUUUGCGCUGCACGACGUGUAUGUGAACAACAAGGGGCAGGUUUUCAACGCCACUCACGUCUUCAACCCCAACGGCUGCUACGCCGAAGACAAGUUCCACUACGAGCCAGGCACGCGAGUGUCCUCCUACAACUCGCUGGUGAACCUGCUGGUGAUCGGCGGCACGCCCGGCGCGCGGCUGCCGUUCCACGAGAUCCUCGAGCUCGUGCCGCUCUUCCUGCCGCUCUCCCGCGUGCUCAAGAAGCACGGCAAGCCCGCCCUCGUCAUGCGCGGCAAGAAGCUGCCUCGAGUGGUGGGCAUCACCAUGGGUCGCAUGCUCUCCUUUGGAGAUGCCUCUCGCCUCCUCUUCGUACGAACACUCAUCCAGCCCACAUUCCAGCACUGUCAGCAGCCCAGCCCCUCCCUCUGGUCCAAGCUCCGUUCCUCCCACUUCCUGCAACCCCGCGGUCUGCCCCUCCUCAACCCUGACUGGUCCGAGCGCCUCCCCCCCACCUCCCCCAAGACCCGCUCCCCCCCCGCCGCCAUACCCCCCUGGGAGACAAGUGGGGUGAAGGAGGUGAUUGUGCUGGAGCCACCAGCAGCAGUGCAGGUGAAGGGCUUUGCAGGGGUAGUGGCGGGGCUGAAGGGGAAGUUUGGCGCGGAGCAUGUGAGGCUGGUGGGGCGGUUCCAGAGGGAUGAUGCGCGCGAUCUGUUCCCGCGGGCGGCGCUGCUUGUGAGCGUCACGAGCCCGUUCCUCGUCAACCUCGCGUUCCUGCCGCCCCGCGCCGCCCUGCUGGAGCUCCGCCCGCCGCCCGCUGAGGUGGACGCGGUCAUCGCUGACUCGGUCGCCAGCCUGGCAGCCGCUUGCCAGAUUCACCACCACGUGAUCCGAGGAAGCUUCGUGGAAGGAGCAGCAGGUGGGGGGAAAGGAAAAGGGGCAGAGGAGGGUGCAGGAAAGGGUGUGGUGGAGUGGAGGAGCGGGGCAGUGGAGGCAGCAGCAAUGUUUCUGGCUCGAGUGGUGGGCAAGGCACUAACGGCCGAUGAGAAAGUGGUCGAGGAGGCAGUUCUGACAGCCGCCGACCGGCGAAUGAGAGCCGCACAGCUGGCACAGGCAUCCACCAGUAAGAAGCCGCUCAUUCCCGGCACGCAGAUCCAAUCUCUGCAGUCCGCCGCCUGCUUCCGGCGCUGGCUGCGGUGCGUGAGUCAGCGCGGGCGGUGGGCGUACAACGCGACGCCGCGUAUCCUCCCUUGGGAGUACCUCGGUACCAUGAACCUGUGCGACCACCGGCACCAGGAGACAACCGGGGGACUCGUGACGAAAAAAGCCGACGAGUAUGUGAUGGAGGGCGGCGCGUCGGGCGGGUGGAGCGUGCACGAGUCGCUCAAAUACGAGUGGAGAACGCCGCCUGGGAAGUGCCCGAUCGGCCCGCUGAGGCAGUUUGACGGGGAUAGGUUUUGCAGGAAGGCGGAGGGGCGGAGAGGCGGGCUGAACGUGCUGUUUCUGGGGGAUUCUCUGGCGCACCAGAUGGUUGUCAGCUUCCUCAACGGUCUUCUCAGACACAUUCCCAAACCUGCCGUGUGGGCUGUCAAUGAAACGAUUCCCCAGGAGUGCUAUGAUUGGCUGGUGGAGCCCCCAAGGCAUGCCUACUGCCGAGUGUACACGUUCAAUGAGAGUGUUUGUCCCGGCCUCAAGGUUCAAUUCGUGAGGAAUGACCACCUGUGGUUCACUUCGCCUGGAGAAGCCAAGUUUGACCACAUUCCAUGGCAUUUGUAUUCUGGGUUGAAGGAUGCUGAUGUGGUGGUGGUGAAUCGAGGCGCGCAUUUCAUUGGAGGGAAGGAUUUCGAGCGGAGUGUUCCGGCUGCUUUGGAAUUUCUUCGCAAGAAGCUGCCCGAUGCGCUGAUCAUCUGGAGGAACACCCCACCUGGGCAUGCCAACUGCACCACCUACAUUGGGCCCAUCAAGAAGCGCCAAAAUCCAGAAAUUCUGCCGUUCCAUUGGGACAUGUUCACUCGGCAGAACAAGAUGGUUCGGGGCAUGAUGCAUGAUGUGGGAGCAGUGUACAUGGAUGUGGACACUGCUACAGCUUUGAGACCAGUUUCGCACAAAGGCUUUGUGGAAGAAAGGGGGAUCCUAGACUGCCUUCACUAUUGCACGCCUGGCCCGACAGAUAUGUGGGUGGAGCUCCUAGCUGAUAUAAUAUUGCGUGGCGUGUAUGGGGAUGGGCUUGCUCCUAGCGGGUGCGAAACUGCUCGGAACUGCCAUGGCACGAUUAUGGACCGAUAUGUUUAUACCGCGGAUCCGGAAUUCAGGUGGGAGGACACGGGCAACCGCAUGCGAGCCAAGGAGGGCGGGGGGUGGUGGACAGGGUACGUGCUGAAGGUGUACACCCACCAGUGGCUCAACCGCACCGUCACCAACCGAUACAAGUGGUGGCACUGGCUCAUUCUCAUGGCGCCAGACAGGAUGCACAACGCGCACAAGGGGCUGGUGCUGUUCUUCGUGGGAGCAGGGCUGAACCCCGUCAACCAGGUGCACAUCCCGGGCACUGACGAGAUCUUCAUCCGCCUCGCCGCCCCGUACGUGCCCAGUGCCCACGUGGUGACCUCUGAGUCGUCUCAUUACAUGGUGGUGGAUCUGGGCAUUCUGGGUGUGAUGCUACAGCAGGUGCCCAUGAUGCCCAUCAGCUUCAAAGUGGGCCCUCCUGGCAUUGGCGCGCGGGCUGAUCUGAUCGAAGAGGAGAUCACAGCCCACACCAUCGCCAUGUUCCUGGACCAUCCGGACGAGUGGGAGUGGCUCACCCCCCUGCCCAUGGCCAAGUCCAUCAUCCGUGCCCUCGAUGCCACACAGCUCGCUGUCAGGGAGCUGCUGCCUCAUGUGCCGGUGAGUGAUGCUGCUUCUUCAGGAACGGGUGGUGAGUGCUGCUGCUUCCCCAGGUACGGGUGUCUGCUCAACAUAGGCCCCAACCUACUGCACAGCAAUUUCCCCUCCCCUCCCUUCCCCUCAAUCCCCUCCAUCUCUCCCCAUCCCCCCCAUCAGCAGGUGGUGGCAUUCAUAACGUACGGCUGCGAUCUGCUCAACGUGGUGCCCAAUCUGCAGCACAUGCACAUCCCUUCCCUCCUCCCCCGACCCGACCCAUCCUCCCCUUCUUCUGCCAUCUUCCACUUCUCCCACUUCCGCCCGCCCCUUUCUCUCGCGCGUUGUCGCCUUCAUAAUGGAGUGGUGGCGUUCAUAACGUAUGGCUACGAUGCGCUGAACGUCGUGCCCACUCUUCAGCAGCACAUGCAUGCCCCUUCCCUCAGAGUACAUGCAUUUACUCCCCCCACCACCCUCCCACAUCAGCGAGUGGUGGCGUUCAUAACGUACGGCUACGAUGUGCUGAACGUGGUGGCCAGUCUGCAGCACAUGCACGACUCGCUGGGCGGCUGGCCCAUUCUGCUCAAGUUCAACUCCGAGUACAACAUCAGCCAACGCCUCCACUCCAAGGAGUACCGCAAAGCGACCGAGGCAAUCGACCCGUACACACUCAUCGACCGCAUGGACAUGCCCAAGCUGCUCAUCUCCGCCUCCAACGACGAGUUCUUUCUCAUUGAUGACUCGUACUAUUUCCUCAAGGACAUGCCGCAGCCCACGCAGCUCAAGAUAGUGCCCAACCUCUACCACAUGGUCAUCCAGAACUCCUUCUGGGUGCGCCCGGCCCUACCGUCGCUCUCCUUCCCUCCUGCUUCUCCUCACCCUCUCUUCCCCACCCUCUCUUUCCCACCCUCUGUUCCCCACCCUCUGUUCCCCACCCUUUCUUCUUCCCCAACCUCUCUUUUCACCCUCUCUUCCCCACCAUCUCUUUCCCACCCUCUGUUCCCCACCCUUUGUUCCCCACCCUUUGUUCCCCACCCUCUGUUCCCCUCCCCACCCUCUUUUCCCCACCCUCUGUUCCCCACCCUUUCUUCUUCCUCACCCUCUCUUUUCUCUCCUCUCGUCUUUACCCUUUCUUUGCUUUUGCUGAAUACGCCCUCAAUCUGUGUCAUGCCCUCUUGA